AAAUUGGUAACGAACGCCAUUUCCGAUUUCUCUCUCUCUCUCCUCUUCUUCUUCUUCUUCUUCCCCAACGAGCGACUCGCCUCCACCUCCUCGACCUCCACCUCGCGAGGCGGCGGUGCGGGGGGCCCCAAACCCUAACCCUAAUUCCGCUGCGCCCGCGCCCGCGCCCGCGCGCGCCGACAGGCUGUUGUUGUUGUUGCCAUGGGGCAGUGCUACGGCAAGGGCGCGUCGGGGAGGACGGCGGACGAUGAGGGCGGGGUGGUGACGGAGCACCAGUCGCCGCCGCCGGCGAACGGGCUGCCGUCGACGCCGCCGCGGCAGCAGGCGCAGGCGCAGGCGCAGCAGGUGGGGACGCCGAGGCGGCGUGGGAGUAAGUCCGGAUCGACGACGCCGGGGCACCAGACGCCUGGGGUGGCGUGGCCGAGCCCGUACCCGUCCGGGGGCGCGAGCCCGCUGCCGGCCGGGGUGUCGCCGUCGCCGGCGAGGUCGACGCCCAGGAGGUUCUUCAAGCGGCCGUUCCCGCCGCCGUCGCCGGCCAAGCACAUAAAGGCCACGCUCGCCAAGAGGCUGGGUGGGGGGAAGCCCAAGGAAGGGACGAUACCGGAGGAGGGAGGCGUGGGCGCUGGCGGCGGCGGUGGAGGGGCCGCGGAUGGGGCGGAGACGGAGAGGCCAUUGGACAAGACGUUCGGGUUCUCGAAGAACUUCGGCGCGAAGUACGAGCUCGGGAAGGAGGUGGGGAGGGGCCACUUCGGACACACUUGCUCCGCCGUCGUCAAGAAGGGCGAGUACAAGGGACAGACCGUCGCCGUCAAGAUCAUCGCCAAAGCUAAGAUGACAACGGCAAUAUCCAUUGAGGAUGUUCGUAGAGAAGUAAAAAUUUUGAGAGCGUUAUCAGGGCACAAUAAUCUCGUCAAAUUCUAUGAUGCAUGUGAGGAUGGCCUCAAUGUCUACAUUGUCAUGGAAUUAUGUGAGGGAGGAGAAUUGCUAGACAGAAUAUUAGCCAGAGGCGGGAGAUACACAGAGGAAGAUGCCAAAGCGAUUGUUGUACAGAUUUUGAGCGUAGUAGCCUUCUGUCAUCUUCAGGGGGUAGUGCAUCGUGAUUUGAAGCCAGAGAAUUUCCUUUUCACAACCAGGGAUGAAAAUGCUCCCAUGAAGUUGAUUGAUUUUGGUCUCUCUGAUUUCAUUAGACCAGAUGAAAGGCUUAAUGAUAUUGUUGGAAGUGCAUAUUAUGUUGCCCCAGAGGUUUUACACAGAUCAUAUAGUAUGGAAGCAGACAUUUGGAGUAUAGGUGUCAUAACGUACAUUCUGCUCUGUGGCAGUCGGCCAUUCUGGGCACGAACAGAAUCAGGAAUAUUCCGAUCUGUGUUGAGAGCUGAUCCCAACUUUGAUGAUUCACCGUGGCCUACAGUAUCAGCUGAAGCUAAGGAUUUUGUGAAGAGAUUUCUGAACAAAGAUUACCGCAAAAGAAUGACCGCUGUUCAAGCACUGACUCAUCCUUGGUUGCGAGAUGAACAAAGGCAGAUCCCGCUGGACAUACUCAUCUUCAGAUUAAUUAAGCAAUACCUCCGCGCUACACCUCUUAAACGGUUGGCAUUAAAGGCACUAUCCAAGGCUUUAAGGGAAGAUGAACUUUUGUAUCUCAAACUGCAGUUUAAACUGCUCGAACCUAGAGAUGGGUUUGUAUCACUUGACAACUUUCGGACGGCACUAACGCGAUAUUUAACUGAUGCUAUGAAGGAAUCGAGGGUUCUUGAAUUUUUGCAUGCGUUGGAACCACUUGCAUACAGAAGAAUGGACUUUGAAGAGUUCUGUGCCGCAGCAAUCAGUCCUUACCAGCUUGAGGCACUGGAAAGGUGGGAGGAGAUUGCUGGAACAGCUUUCCAGCAAUUUGAACAAGAGGGCAACCGAGUCAUAUCAGUUGAGGAAUUAGCACAGGAAUUAAAUCUUGCUCCAACUCAUUACUCCAUCGUUCAAGACUGGAUCAGAAAAUCCGAUGGCAAGCUAAACUUUCUCGGGUUUACCAAAUUUUUACAUGGUGUCACAAUAAGGGGCUCAAAUACAAGACGGCAUUAAGCGAUUUGCAAAAGAAAAUGUAUUCUUUUCUCUUCUAAUUUUAAAGCCGCUCAUUAUGUGACCCUGAUUGAUGUUUUCCCCUCCUGCUCCUAUCCCUCUGGUCAAUAUGAUCAUUAUUCUUGUUCGUGCUGCUGUCGGCUGUUGUCAUCAUAGUUUUUUGUAGAGAAUACAUGUAAAGAUCUUUUGUAAUGAAUCGAAUGAUAUGUUUGUUCAAGAAAUAUAGUGUCAUGUUGUUCUUUUUUGCCCAGUAA